GAUUUUAUCUGCAGAAUGCAGCAAUGGUCGACUUGAAACAGCAUGACCGCGGUGGUCUGUACUUAUGCUGGCUGUGAGCCGGCAGUGCGGCACUCCCGCACGUGCUUGACCGCGUAUAUAAACGGUCGUAGACGAGGAUACGUUCCGACUCUUCGCCUGCGACCGCAUUUCUUACGUCGUGUUUGAUUCCUCGAGCCUCCCUGUUGUUCCCCGUCCAUUCCUUUACGGCGACGACCAUGCUGUCAUUCCUCUCUCUGGGCUUGCUCGCCCUUCCUGCUGCCCAUGCAACAGGUUCCCAUUUCACCGCUCGGGAUGCCUCAACUGAUUCUGCAAACUCGACCGUCGACAUGGUCGCGGCAGCGUGGUAUACCGGAUGGCACUCAGAGGACUUCACGCUGAACAACGUGAGCUGGGACAAGUAUACCCACCUCAUCUAUUCCUUCGCUACGACGCUGCCAACAGCAAACGUCUCCCUCAAUGGUUCCGAUGCCGAACUUCUGCCGCAGUUUGUGUACACGGCUCAAGGUAAUGACGUGAAAGCUAUGGUAUCUAUCGGCGGCUGGGGAGGUUCUACCGCGUUCUCGGAGAACAUGGCAACGCAGGACAACAUCACCAAUUUCGUCGAGGCGAUUGUUGGCUUUGCGGACCAGUACGGUCUGGAUGGAAUUGACUUUGACUGGGAAUACCCCGGCAAGCAGGGCAUCGGCUGCAACGCCGUCUCCGAGAACGACACCGCCAACUACCUCGCGUUCCUGCAGGCCUUCCGCGCGAGGGCCGCGCCUAACUUCAUCGUGACCGCCUCUGUGCCUGUCACGCCCUGGGUUGGCGCGAACGGGAGCUCCCUCAGCAACGUCUCCGACUUCGCCGCCGUGCUCGACUGGGUGAACGUGAUGAACUACGACGUGCACGGCAGCUGGGACACCACCGUGGGCCCGAACGCGCCGCUCAACGACACCUGCGCGAACGCCACGGCUGCGGUUGGCAGCGCGGUCAGCGCGGUCGCCGCGUGGACCGCCGCAGGCAUGCCCGCGCACCAGAUCGUCCUCGGCGUCGCGGGCUACGGACACUCGUACUUCGUAGACCCCGUUGCGGCGCUCGCGACGGACGGUGCGCUCAACGCAUACCCUGCAUUCAACGCGUCGGAGCAGCCGCUCGGCGAUGCUUGGGACAACGCCACCAACACGGAUGUCUGCGGCGUCGUCACUGGCCCCUCGGGCGUGUUCGACCUCUGGGGCCUCAUCGACGCGGGCUUCCUGAACGCGAACGGCUCCGCCGCCGACGGCAUCCACUACAUCGUCGACGGGUGCAGUCAGACGCCGUAUGUGUACAACGAGACCUCUCAGGUGAUGGUCUCAUUCGACGACGCGCCCUCGUUCGGGGCGAAGGGCAGCUUCAUCGCGGACAACAACGUCCGUGGCUUCGCGAUGUGGGAGGCGGGCAGCGACUACGAGGACAUCCUCCUCGACGCAAUCCGCUCCGCCGCGGGCUUCCCCGACGAGAGCAGCGAGUGCUGAGUACCGCACGGACUGCGUUCCUCCUCUCACGCCUUAAUCGGCUUCGUUAGCACGUUUCGAGCUCUGUGGGACGGUUGAACCGUCCGUUGCUGGUCUACUGUUACUGAGCUCGCUCGCGCUGGGCAUAGCCACGCUCAUCGUCGUCAUCGUCUAC